UUCAGUUUUUUCACACAAAGUUCCUGCAGGCAAGAAGCAAAAAGGAUGGUUACUACCCGAUCCAAAAGUCGUUCACUGGCAGCUGACCCUGCGCCUGCGCCUGCUGCGGCGGUCCUGCGCAAAAAACACAGGGGCCGUUGCCCGAUCAAGCCCAUCACUACGUCCUCGUCUGCUACCACGCUGGUUGCCUCAUCCGGCGCACCGACAUCAGCCGGGAGCCACAGCUCGUCCAGCGGAACUGCCACACCAGCCUCGCCACAGGAGUUAGUUGCUGUCAGCGAUGACGACAGUGACUUUGUCAGUGAGAGCUCCGAUGAUUCUGGCAGCGACGAGAGCGACUUCCAGGAACCACCAACCCGGCGUCGGAAGACUGCGGGGCCAGAGAGCACCACUGAAGCUGAGCUUGAAGAUCAGCUUGCUGAAGCCAUAGAAGCAAGGGCUGCCCUCUAUGACGAGCUGGAGGAACUGCUGCGCAAUGAGCGAGCGACCAACCUCCAGUUAAAUGUGCUUGGGCAGGGGUUUGGUGAAUCGGAUGAGCAGACGGACACUGAUGGGGAUAGCGUAGGGGAGUCGGAGGAACGGCAAGACACUGCUGUCAAGGACCAGACCGAGCAGAGGGGCAGGCUGGAACAGCAGCACGAAAAGGCGAAGAGAGAAUAUGCAUCCAGAAGAGGCGAGCUUGCCGAGACUAUUUCGUCACUGACUCGCCGCGUCCAGGAGCUGACAUCUGCUCUUCGGCCGGCACGAGCAUCAGCUUCUAGCAGAUCCAAGGCGUCUCGCGCCAGGGCUCGGAAACGGCCAAAGGUCAAGGAAGAAGACCCUCCUAUCGAUGCUCCUCCCGAAGGAGACCUGGACUACUUUCACCGCCCAGAGCUGUUCCUCCACCACCCGCAACUGAAAUCCGCAUGGAAGUCGCUGCCUGGACCACCCGAGAUGCAGAUGGUCGAGCAGCCGCCCAACCUCAAGAUCCGGCUGCUGCCGUUCCAACGCGAGGGCGUGUGGUGGAUGGCACGGCAGGAGGGCACCCAGUUCCGCGGUGGGGUGCUGGCUGACGAGAUGGGCAUGGGCAAGACACUGCAGACCAUCGGCUUGAUGCUGGUCAAUCGUGGAAAGCCGACGCUGGUAAUCUGUCCGACAGUAGCGCUGAUGCAGUGGAAGUCUGAGAUCGAGGCGGCUACCGACGACCUGUCGGUGUUCAUGUACUAUGGCACAGACCGCCAGAAGCUUGCUGACGAGAACGGGGAUCUCAACCCGAGCGAGCUGGUGAAAUACGACGUUGUGCUUACCACUUAUGCGGUGGUCGAAUCGUCGUUUCGGCGCGAGCGCUAUGGAUUCCGCCGCCAUGGCAACCUGCUGCAUGAAGACUCGGUGCUGCACAAAGUCGACUGGCACCGGAUCGUGCUUGAUGAGGCACACAAUAUCAAGGACCGGUCCAGCAAUUCUGCUCGUGCAGCGUUCGAGCUGAAAGCCAAGUAUACGUGGUCGCUGACUGGCACCCCUCUUCAUAACCGUGUGGGCGAACUAUACUCCUUGAUCCGGAUGACCCGCUGCAGUCCCUUUGCAAUGUACUUCAACUACAAGAGCGAUUGCACGUCGCUCUCGUGGCCAUUCCACAAGAGCAAGACCUGCAGCCAGUGCUCACACACAUACAUGUCGCACUUUUGCUACUGGAACUACCACAUCAUGAACCCGAUUCAGAAGAACCCAAUCAAUAGCGACAAGAGCCGUAUGGCGUUCACCAAGCUGAACAAGCUGCUCGACAAUGUCAUGCUGCGGCGCACCAAGGUCGAGCGCGCAAAGGACAUGGGGCUACCGCCGCGUAUUAUCCAGACGCGCCGCGACAAAUUCAGCCCCGAGGAGGAGGACUUUUAUGUGUCAUUGUUUUCCGACUACCAGCGCGAGUUCACCACAUAUGCAGAGCACGGCACAGUGCUGAACAACUACGCCAAUAUCUUCGAGCUCAUCACACGCAUGCGACUGGCUGCCAACCAUCCGGACCUGCUGCGCUUAAAGGUCGACGCCAAAAACAAGACUGGCGCUGCCAGCGACGAUACAUUUGUGUGCACCAUUUGCCAGGAAGAAGCCGAGGACCCAAUUCUGUCAAAGUGCAAGCACAUUUUCUGCCGCGUUGAUGCACAGCACUAUGUUGAGGGAGCUGAUGUCGGCACAAAGCUACGCUGUCCAUCCUGCUACCAGCUGUUUGAGAUCGAUUUGGAGCAACCCGAGCUGACAAAUGCAGUGAGCCAGCGCAGUUCCGCUGGCUAUGGCACCUCGCUGAUGGACUCGAUGGUGAGCACGCCCAAGACCAUGGUCUACCGCCGGUCUAUUGUCAACCGAAUUGACAUGAACAACUGGCGGUCUUCGACCAAGAUCGAGGCGCUAGUGGAGGAGCUGUCGCGGCACCGGCAGGCGAACACAAACAUCAAGAGCCUGGUGUUCUCGCAGUUUGUAAACUUCCUUGACCUGAUCCAGUGGCGGCUCAACCGGGCGGGGUUCAGUGUGUGCCGACUCGACGGUCGCAUGUCACCGGUGCAGCGGGACGCUGUCAUCAAGACAUUCAUGACGCGGCCCGAAUACACAGUGUUUCUGGUCAGUCUGAAGGCGGGCGGCGUGGCGCUGAACCUGACCGAGGCUAGCCACGUGUAUCUGGCCGACUGCUGGUGGAAUCCGGCAGUCGAGGUGCAGGCCAUGGACCGCAUCCAUCGCAUGGGCCAGUUCCGCCCGAUCAAGGUGACGCGGAUCAUCAUCGAGAACUCGAUCGAGUCGCGCAUCAUCCAGCUGCAGAAGAAGAAGCAGUGGCUGGCUGACUCAACCAUCGGCCGCGACAGCAAGGCGCUCGAGCACCUGUCGUCGCAAGACAUGCAGUUCCUAUUUUCUAGCUAAUCCUGCUCCCGACUUGUUUCGGCGCAUUCGCAAAUUCUCCAUUUACUCUGUCUUGUCGUCCAUGGCCAAUUCCAGGUUUAUUAAGC